CUAGUCAAAAGAGACCUCGUUGAAGAUUUGUUGGUUAAAGUGUUCGUUUCUUUAAAGAGGUCUGGGUUGAUAAACUCCAUUAUCAAGAUGUCCCUCACAGACGAUGAAGUUAGAGAAGGAGUAGUCGACAUUGCUGCCGACUUGUUGGAAAGGGAUGUCAUUCCAUUUGAAGACAUUUUCGUAGCCUUGAAGGACUCAGGUCUUGCUGUUGAUGUUAUCAAGUUUUCACUUACUGAUGAAGAGACCAGAGGAGGCGUUGUUGCCUUAAUCAGGGAAUUGCUUCCUCAUUUAAUUGCUGAUGGAUCGAUCAACCCUAAGGAUCUCAUCGCAACCCCA